UCAACUGUUGUAUCAGUUUGAAUCAGUUUGCAACGAUGGCACUCGAUCGUGUGCCACCAGAGGUUCUCCAGAUAAUAUUCGAUUAUUUGACUAAAAGUGAACAGCUAGAGAAAACUCAAAUCACCCGUCGGUGGAAUCAGCUUUCGUUCCGAAAAACCCACCUGGUCCUGGCGAACGCUGAACAGCUGAUCGAUGAAGAUAUUCUCGGAAGGACAACUCGUGGAUACAGCUGUUUCUCGAUUGAUUUUAAGUUCAUUAAGAAGUACGAAGAAGAAGAAGAAUUGCGGUCAAGAUUGGCGAUUUGUGCUAAUAAAUUCUCUCUACGAUCACUGAAUUUGUAUAAUAUACCAACGGACACGCUUAUUUCAUUCAUCCAUGAGCAUCGUGAUUGGUUGCGUAGUGUGACUGAACUAGCCAUAACAGCCUCUAAUCGGGUGGAUUUGAGCAACAUAGAAGUGAAACUAGAAUUACCGAAACUGCGUAAAUUUAGGUGGGUUUUCAUCGACAGAAGUGGUUCUUCUUUUUUGCCAUCGGUUACACUAAGAGCGCCACAAUUGAAGGAGAUAGAUUUGAACUGCUACGACUCGACCCAUCCAUCGGUAGUUUUGGAAAACGCUACCAGACUCGAAUCACUGAGAGUAAAGGGAUUUAAACUGAUUUCGAAUGUGAUCGCCGCAGAUUCAGUAAUGUUUUUGAGGAUUUAUGAAGUAGAUCAACCGUUUGAAUGGUGCUCUGAACAUAUAAAAUUCCAGAGACUGGGGGAAUUGAGUAUAUGCGCAUGUAAUGUGAACAUCCAGUCGCAAAAGUUGCUGUCAACUUUAGCAAAUUUGCAAACGCUCAUCAUAGAAUCAGAGAAGACCAACCCCAUUGACCUAGGCAUCAUAGCUCGCGCAUUGCCACAACUCAAAGAGCUCAGAUUAUCCUAUGCAGAAUGGACAUAUAAGUCGGACGUGCUUAGUUUUCCCUUUCUCCAAAUAUUCGACGUUCACAGCUCGUUGAGGACUCAGACCACUGACGAUGCCCCCCUAAGCGUAAAUGCCCCACACUUGAUGGUUCUCAAGGGCACACCGAAAAACAUCGAACAACUCGAAUUUACCAACUUCGCAACCAUUAAGACUCUUAUUGCGCUCGGGCAGUAUCUAAACUUCAGGCGGCCACGUUUGUUCGGUUCGGUGAGAAAUUUAUACAUGGAGAUAACAUGUCACGUUCCCGAUCAAUUACUGGUGACCGAAAGUAUUCACCAAUUCCCGAACCUAACGCACCUAACGGUAAUAUUGCAUAACAAACAAUCGCCUGUGAAUCUCAGUGGAAAUCUGAUUGCGAUAAGCUUCCCCAAUUUGCGCUAUCUGCAUCUGCGGUAUUUCGAUUUGGACAGUGAUUUUAUGUCUGGUGUACUGAGGUCUAAUACAUUGUCGACCCUUAUCUUGGAGGAAGGUAGCCUUGCUUCCGGAACGAUCGAUGUGAUGAGAUUGGAACAUUUCUACAUGCGGAACGUCAAGAUUCCAACGAGUCUCGAUGAUUUUGCCGAUUUUGGCACGCUAUUAAAACUGGUGCGCCCUCGCCCGAGAGGUAAUAAAUAUAGCACAAAAAUAUUGAACGAGACGUUCAUCAAGAGUCGAGAAGAGUUUCUGACGGAUUUACAGCUUUGUGUAUAAAGUUUGGAACAUUUUGAAUGAUGUUAUUACAACUAUUGUUGGGAAUUGUAUCCACUACUAGGAAUUGAUGGUUUAUAGCUUAUAUUGUUCUUUUUUAUUUUUUACCAUUGAAUAUAUUCAGACAAAAAUUUUCGAACCUAAUUCGAAUGAUCCUAAAA